ACACUAAAACCUCUAGGUUUAGUACCUCUAUUUAAACAUCAAAUUCUUCUAGCCAAAGGAGUCAUACUUUCCCGCCAACGGGCAGGGCCCUGUGCUAGCAAAAUAAUAGAAUCUACACUAAACUUAAUUGAGACAAAAAAAAAAUAUUAAAAUUCUACAUUUUGGUAUAUUGACAAUGGAGCAAAACACCUUUUCGAGGGGAUAGAAUAUCAAAUCUAACCCCAAAAUUUGACACUACUCUUUUUUUUUUUUUUGAAAAUUUGACACUACUCAUUGUAAAUGGUCUCAUGCAUACCAGAUUUAGCACCCAAAUUACCAACUUUUGACUUUUAGGCAGUUUGGAACUGCUACUGGAGAUGGUUUUGUGGAACUUUUAGAAUUUUUGGAGAAUCAUUGGAGAUGGUUUAAUGGGACAUUAGGCGUGAGCAGGGUCUAAAUGAGUACAGAUCAAAGCAGUUAGUAUAAGAUCCAGAAAAAAAAAAAAAAAAAAUAUAUAUAUAUAUAUAGAUUGUGGAUUGAAAUUCAAUAAAAUUUUAUUUCAUUUGAUUUCAAAAAUAAGGAUAAAAGAAUUCUCUUUUACAAUUAUACGAUCCAGGACUAAUCGACACAUGCAAAACAAACUACUGGCAAUAAAAUUGAAUCACAGAGUACGACAAAUAUAAUUAUUUCUACAAUAUCAUCGUCGCCAAUCCAUUGGGAUUUGACUAGGCAAAAUCAAGAUUCAUUUUCAUAUUAACUGUUAUUGAUAGUAAUAUGAUUGCAAAGUGAUGGAUAUUGUGUGUCCCACAUUAUUGCUAUGUCAAACCUAUUGGUAUUGAAAGAGUCGAGCUAGAAAACCAUAGUUGAAGUAUCUGAAAAUGAUGCCCUCCAACAGUCGAUAAUUUUAUAACUCAACCAGACAUUUACUUACGUUAGGCUAACUCCAAUGGAGUCCCUAUAAAUAGGGAAGUUUCCACAAAUGGGACUUUUUCCAGAAAUACCACUGUUUAAAAAAAAGAAUUUCAAAAAUAUCACCCUUUUUCAAAAACCGUCACCCCACCCUGCGGAUUACACGAAAAUCACUGGGCGGGGGCGCGGUUUUCUAUGCAAACCGUUGGGCUAAGGGGCGGUUAUAAAAACCUAUAAAAACCGCUGGGUGAGGCGGCGGUUUUGGGCCAAACCGCCACACCACCCAGCGGUUUGGUCCAAAAAAAAUUUUUUUCGAUCAACUCCUAACUUCGGCCGAAACUUCAAACGAACGUAACUUUGCACUCGGGUAUCCGAUCGUAGCGAUUUUUUUUUAAUCCGAAUAACUUUUCGAGAUCUUGCAAGCCGCAAACAUCCGUAGGCGGUUUGGUCCCUCAUUCGUCUCGAAAAACGUCAUUUGCUACCUCGAACGAGCCUUUUUUAGAUUUCGUCAAACUUUGGGCGGCCUUAACUUUGUGCUCCAAAAUCCGAACGUCGUGAAUUUUUUUUUAUUCUGCAUAAAUUUUCAAGAUCUACAACAUUUAAGAUAAUCAUAAUUUCGAAAUAUACAUGGAAUUGUGAAAAGUAAAGGUAAAGUAAUUCUCAAGGUCCCGUAUAUCCACAACUAAUUCCUGUUUUGAAAAUUUCAUCCUAGUAAAAGUUGUAGAUCUCGAAAAGUUAUUCGCAUUCAAAAAAUAAAUCGCUACGAUCGGAUACCCGAGUGCAAAGUUACGUUCGUUUGAAGUUUCGACCGAAGUUAGGAGUUUAUCGGGAAAAAAAAUUUGACCAAACCGCUGGGUGGGGUGGCGGUUUGGCCCAAAACCGCCGCCCCACCCCGCGGUUUUUAUAGGUUUUUAUAACCGCCCCUUAGCUCAGCGGUUUGCAUAGAAAACCGUGCCCCCGCCCAGCAGUUUUCGUUUAAACCGCAGGGUGGGGUGGCGGUUUUUGAAAAGGGGUUGGGUGGUAUUUUUGGAAUUCUUUUUUUAAAUAGUGGUACUUUUGAAUUUUUUCCCCAUAAAUGGAGUAGUGUCAUCUCCAAUGCAUCAUCAUAAAUGGAGAGAGUCUCCAUAUUUAGGGAAAUCUGCAAAAGGAUCCCAAAAUUGAGGAUGGAAAUGGGGAUUCCCCCAAACAUGGGGAGGAUGUGCUGGAUUGCCGGACAACUGCCAGCGGUCAGCCCGUCACUUGGCCUUUUUUUCUUAAAGAUGUUAUAGGUUAAUUGGGGUUUAAUUAGGUCAAUCAUUUUUUGUCGAAAAAAAAUGGUCUCGAAAUUUUUAAAAAAAUUAUCAAAAAAAUUAUCAAAAAAUUUGUGUUUAAAAAUGAUGAUGAAUUGUAAAAAAUUAACAUUAACAAAUUAUAUUAAAAUGGUCAUAAGUAUAUUUUUAAAUAAAGAAAAAUAAUGAAAAUGGUGAUUAUCUUCAAAUUUGAAGAUGGUAACAUUAAAGAAAAAUGAUGAAAAUGGGAUCAUCUCAAAUUUAGAGAUGAAGGUACCAAAUUUGAAGAAUAACAUUUAAGUUGGUCUCAAUAUCUCUUUCGACGUCGGCGUUAACGAUUCAAGCACGACAAAAUGAACUAGUAGGGAAGUCCAAAAUAUCCAAUUCCAAGGGUCCACAUUGGGGUUUACCAAAAAGUCCAGUAAACUAUCAUAAGAAGAAUUGAGUGAACGAGACGACACCCCCUUUCUUUAUCUUAGGCUACACGUAUCAGUUUUGGACGUUAUCCCAAAGCGUCAAGUGACGACAGAAGCCAUGGAAGUUAGAACUUGAUACGACGAAACCACCUAGCUAAAGAGCGACAAUUUUUUUAAAAGCACUAAUUGUAGUGUCUAAUACAUAAUGGUCGUUGGUAAAAUACAAAAUCCUAGCUACUUUUUGAAUCCGAUACAGAUCGACUGAUGAAUAAUAACGAAAACCUCGUUAAAAAUAAGUUUGAGAGUUAUUAAUAUAUAUUUAUCAUUUUGUUAUUUCACGUAACUCGCACUUGAUUCAAAGAGUAUUAAACUAGAGGAUCCAUCCUUUAUUAGUUUAAAAAAAAUAUAUAUAUUGGUUGUUGACCCAAAGGUUUAAACCCAUGAUGCAGUGGAUGUUCUCAUUUCUACAUUACCACUUGGCCAACCUGUUAAGGUUCAUUAAAAAUGUAAAUUCGUAACAACAGAGUCCCCAAAUAUAUUGAUUUUCUCCAUAAACAUAUUCUAAAUUCAAUUGCAAUCAAUGGGAGAUAAUUGAAAACUAGUGCAUUAAACAUGGAAUGUUCAACACAUGGAAUACAGAGAUAUUCAUCAAAUUCAUUUUAAUAAUAUUACUCGGUCUAUAGUUCAAUAUUGCAACAAAAUUGUGAGAAAUCCAACAAUACAUAAUAUCAAAAGUUCUGAACAGAUAAUAUGCAGUUUCCCUACACUAUUGCAAAUAAUCCUCAAAUAUUCCACUCACUCAGGAUCCCUUAUGCAUCUAAUUCUUCUUUUGUUUACGUAAAUUGUUGGCCUCGAAACAAGGUUGACCCGCGGGUUGAUCCGAAUUGGCCCGGACCCGGCUUUGAAAACGGGUUAAAAUAGCCCAUUUGAAAGUUAGCCCAGAAUUUGUCAAACCCGGAAAAAUCCGGUAAAACUCGGGAAAAUCCGGGCGGUUGGCCCGUCCAAGCGGGUCAGCGAGCUGCUCGUUUCAAACUGUCGUUGAAUUUUUACUAUGUCGAAUUUAAGUUGAUGUUAUUUAAGUGUGUUGGAGUUUAAGUACGGUUAUUUUUUAUGUUGGAUUCAAAAUAAGUACAAUAUAAUGACUUUCUUAUAUUUUUGGGCUAAAACGGGCUAAAAUGAGUGACUCAUUAACCCUUGACCCACUAGCUUGACCGGAUCCGAAUUGACCCGCGGGUUAACAACCUUGACUCGAAAUAUAUGUUGAAUUAUCAAGUUUUUAUUUAUUUUAUGUCGAUAAAUGCGCCCUUAAAUAACCAAUUGAUAGUAAAAACUCUUACCUAUUUUUUUAAUGAAAUGAAAUUCUCCUUUUUAAUAUAAUUCUGAAGAGAUUUUUUUUAUGGGAAUUAUGAAGAGAUUUAUGGUAGAAAGGAUAUCCACAGAUAAAACCCCUAUGGUUAAAAAAAAAAAACUCGAAUAACUAAUUAGAAGGUAAAAGUUAAAAACCCCUUUGUACAAAUCCAAACCAACAAAAAAUAAAUGACGACACCGCUUUCCAAUGUUUUCGCCCAAAUGGCAAAUACACUGGGCGGGCAAUUCGCUUGCCAAAAAUCUGAUCUCUCUCAACAAUGUUCUCAUCCUUAUGCCAUCACUGCUGUACCCCUUCUAUUUUUUUCCCUCUUCCAUCCCCCGCCACCAAGCCUCUUUCGUUUUCACGGCCGCUACGGUUCGCUCGCCGUCUCCGUCUCCGUCUCCGUCUCCAUCUCCAUCUCCAUCUCCAUCUCCAUCUCCAUCUCUCCCCCCAACAAGUCUCCUUAUAUUCAAACUCUCCCUCCUUCCUAAUCCCUCCAACCAACAACCAAAAACCUUCUCCACACUCUCCCCGUCCAUUCUCUUCUCUCCCUGCUUCUCCCCUCCAAACGUCACCACCAUCAACAAUGGGCUCGCUCUCCGCUCCCAACGGUUCCGGAGGAGUACAAUUGCCGUAUCCUCCAGCACGCAGGGACGAGUCCGUCAUCGAGGAUUACCACGGCGUCAAGGUCUCCGAUCCUUACCGAUGGCUGGAGGAUCCUGAUUCGGAGGAGACCAAGGCUUUCGUGGAAGAGCAGGUGAAGCUGACUGAUUCGGUGCUGAGGACUUGCGAGUUGAGGGAGAAGCUCAAGGAGAAGAUUACGAAGCUGUUCGACCAUCCGCGCUACGAAGCGCCGUCCAAGCGUGGGGACAAGUACUUCUACUUCCACAACACCGGCCUUCAGGCCCAGAGCGUCCUCUACGUUCAGGAUGGCUUGGAAGGCAAGCCAGAGGUGUUGCUUGACCCGAAUACGUUGAGCGAGGAUGGCACGGUGUCGCUAGGGACGCUAAAAGUGAGUGAGGAUGGGAAGUACUUGGCCUACGGGCUUAACUCGAGUGGGAGCGAUUGGAUAACCAUCAAGGUCAUGCGAAUUGCGGAUAAGAGAGUUGAGCAGGACACAAUAUCAUGGGCAAAAUUUACCGGGAUCAGUUGGACACAUGACAGCAAAGGGUUCUUCUAUAGCCGUUACCCUGCUCCCAAAGAUGGAGAGAAGUUGGAUGCUGGGACUGAGACCGAUAUCAAUCUGUAUCAAGAAUCAUGUUACCAUUUCUUGGGUACAGAUCAAUCUGAGGACAUACUGUGUUGGAGAGAUCAAGAAAAUCCCAAGCAAAUCAUGGGUGCAACAGUGGCAGACGAUGGGAAGCAUCUUCUCCUAUAUAUAAGCGAGGGGUGUGAUCCAGUCAACAAAAUAUACUACUGCGAUAUCUCUACACUUCCUGGAGGACUACAGAGUUUCAGGGGAUCAAACAAACUUCUCCCUUUCACUAAGCUUGUGGAUAACUUCGAUGCUAAGUACGAAGCGAUAGCAAACGAUGGCACCUCAUUCACUUUCCUGACCAACAAGGAUGCUCCUAGGUAUAAGCUAGUCCGGGUGGAUUUGAAUGACCCGAGUUCAUGGACAGAUGUUGUCCCGGAAUCCGAAAAGGAUGUAUUGGAGUCAGCAGAUGUGGUCAAUGGAGACAAAUUGAUACUGAGUUACCUGAGUGAUGUCAAGAAUGUAUUGGAGAUCAGGGACCUAAGAACGGGUUCUUUUCUGCAUCAGCUGCCUAUUGAUAUAGGUACCGUGACUGGGGUAUCUGCAAGGAGACAGGACAAUGUAGCUUUUAUAGGAUUUACAAGCUUUCUUUCCCCUGGAAUUAUCUACCAAUGUGAUUUUGGAUCUGGAGAUCCAGAAUUGAAGGUAUUUCGGGAAACCAUUGUACCUGGAUUCGAUCGCUCAGAGUUCCAAGUGAAGCAAGUUUUCGUGACUAGUAAGGACGGCAACAAGUUCCCAAUCUUCAUUGGGUCGAAGAAGGACACAAAACUGGACGGAUCGAACCCAUGCUUGCUAUACGGAUACGGUGGAUUCAACAUCAGCAUCACUCCAUCCUUCAGCGUUACACGGGUGACACUCGCGAAACAUUUGGGUGCUGUCUUCUGCAUCGCCAACAUCCGCGGAGGUGGAGAGUAUGGCGAGGAAUGGCACAAAGCAGGGUCGCUCGGCAAGAAGCAGAAUGUCUUCGACGACUUCAUCUCUGCUGGUGAGUAUCUUGUGUCAGAAGGUUAUACCCAGGCGAAGAAGCUAUGCAUUGAAGGCGCGAGCAACGGCGGUCUCCUCGUCGGAGCCUGCAUAAAUCAGAGGCCGGAUUUGUUUGGCUGUGCGCUGGCUCGUGUUGGUGUCAUGGACAUGCUACGAUUUCAUAAGUUCACAAUAGGUCAUGCUUGGACUAGUGACUAUGGCUGUUCAGAAAAGGAGGAAGAGUUCCAUUGGCUGAUCAAAUACUCUCCACUGCACAAUGUGAGGAGACCAUGGGAAGUGAGCCCCGAUGUUCAGUACCCUCCGACCAUGUUGCUGACUGCUGAUCACGACGAUCGGGUCGUUCCUCAUCACUCUCUGAAGCUGUUGGCGACGUUGCAGUACGUUCUGUGUACCAGCUUGGAGAACAGCCCGCAAACCAACCCGAUCAUCGGCCGGAUUGACCGGAAGUCCGGCCAUGGCGCCGGCCGUCCGACUCAGAAAAUGAUUGAUGAAGCGGCGGAUCUGUAUGGGUUCAUGGCGAAGAUGGUAAACGCAACAUGGACCGAGUAGAAACAUAAAAGAGAGCGGUAUCUCGAUCCGAGCUCUCUCCGUCGGUUCGGUUGAUUCCGUUAAUGGAACCUUUUUGUUUAUACGUUAAUACGUUAUACCAUCGGAAUGGGGUUUUUUUUCCCUUCUUUUUCGGCUCACGUUGUAAGAUAGGGAUCUAAGGGUAUUUAUGGCAAUGGUGCCAGCCCACCAACGAAGUAAUGGUUCUAUAACUUGUUGCAUUUUGUUAGGUGAAGUGCAACUUGUUAUAUAUCUAAUUAUUUGCUCAAGUAUUGUACCAUAUGAACAUCGAGUAUAUGAUGGUUAUUGCAUAUAAUAGAUGCCAUAUUCAAAAUCAGAUUCCUUUGGAGUAGUUUCUAAUUCCCAUCGAAUAAUCAUCUUCGCUAUAAAUAAUGUUACAAAAC